AUGCACAUGUCCAGCAAGCGGGCUUUAGAUGGUUUCUAUGUCAUCGAUCAGCAGGCUGGAAGUGAAUGGGGCUGCAGCGAGGAAAAGAUCGCCGCGUUGGAAGGUGCCGUUAGAGACACGCAAGCAUUAGCCUUCAUGGCUUCUACUGUACUGGCUGAAAAAGAUUCCGAGUUUUCUGAUGCAUAUAUCUUUUGGUUUGGUGAGGACAACACCAAGGCUGCCACAAAGAACUCCAUCAAGACCCUCAACUACGAUCCUGUUCAAGAUUUCCUCAAAGCCCCAGGCGCACGCAACCGCGUCGAUGAUAUGAGAAUAGACAACCUCAGUCCUACCGGGCUUACAUACAUGUGUGCUGCCGCAGAUGAUAGCAUGUGCGCCGGCGGGAUGGCUGCAGCAGCCCACCAGCACGGCGCCGGAGGACUCAAAGGCGCCGAUAAGAUUAGAAACGCCCAAAACAUGGCUUUCUUUGCAUUGGAGGUCAUGGCAGAUCCUCAGAGCGGUGCGGCACCCGGACAGUCAUGCACCAUCAUGAAAAGAGACACGGGUAGUGUCUUGCUCGGAGGACCCGAAGAUCUUAUGGCGAGAGCAGACUACAGCCCAGAUGCUAAGUAUGAGGCAAUGCUUCGUAGGCAGGCCAAGGCAUCGUCGACCUGGAUAACUACACACCGAAACAGCACAAGCUCUCGUGUCCCGACCACUUAUUCGAGCAAAGUGUCGGUACCGUCUUCGAAGAGACCUACCGGGUCAGCGUCGCCUUCUCGCUCAAAGCCACCGGUGCCUGCUGCAUCUUCGGGACCCCGAUCCAGCAAUCCAGCGCGCCCAUCGUUAUCAGGACCUCAGUCCAGCAACCCGGUGCAGCCAUCAUCCUCAGCACCUCAGUCCAGCAAGCCAGUGCCACCACCGUCCUCGGGGCUCCGGCCCAGCUCCAAGGGUCCUGUCUUCACCACCAGGCCACCUGCUCCAGUGAGCUCCUUUUCAGGCGCUUCAUUCUCCUACUCGUACUCUACAGCCCCGCCAACCACUGAGGAAGGUGGAGUUCCCGUUAUUCCCAUCGUUCCCGUUCCGAUACCUAUCGCACCAGUUGCGCCUGUUCCUCCGAUCGUGCCUCCAGUUGGUGGUGGCGGCGGCGGCGGAAACGGCGGCGAUAAUGGCAACAACGGCGAGAACUCCAAGCCUGCAGAGUCAAAUCCCCCAAAGACCUCCGAGCCUUCAUCCCCGUCUACCUCGUUGCCACCUACAUCUUCAUCAAAACCUUCACUCACCUCGUCGACACCAGCCACUCGGUGUUCUUCUAGACCACCGAUGUCAGUGCCCACGGGAGGCGAUGCAUCACCCGAUAGAGACGGGUUUCCUCAGGCAGUCUACGACGGUCUUGCCGCGGAAGCGCGUAGCACGAGCAGAGCGAGCAGCUCUAGCUCUACCUCCUCGCCACUCAUGGUCAUCACUGACGUGCCCGAGCCUGAGACGACCGUUGAGGUAGUGCCUACUGCUACUCCUACUGCUGCUCCUGUCAACCCAGUUGCUUGUUAUAACUUUGACAUUAAUGCUUAUGGAUACUGUUGUCCGGGCCCGGGUAACCCAUGUGAGAAGGAUAUUGGAAAGUGCUACUUCAACGGAGAGGGCGUCUCUGGGGGUGCAAGUGGGAUUGUGCCAGACGGAGCGCGGUGCCCGCCUCCUCCUGGUGCUGAAUACUGCAGAGGUCCUUGUGAAGAGUAA